CUGCAAUUCUGCACCGUGCGUACGAUAACGUCAUGGCCGAGAUGGAAGCAUUAAAAGCCAAAAGGAAGGGGACAUCUUCUUUAUCCCACGAAGACGCCAACUUGGAAUCCGUUAACGAGCUUCAAAGCCCGCCAAGGAUUCGAACAAGAGGACGUCCAAAAAACAGGCUAGGUUCAAAGCUGGAGAAACAAAUUGCAAAUGCCACAAAGAAGAAGAAGACAAAAGUUUUAAGCGAGAUAAACCUGUUUGAUGCUGCAUCAACGGCGCAUUCAAAUUCCAGCCAAUAUCAAGGACACGUUAUGAAUUAUCAGUUCAGGCUACCAGCAGCAGGGGAUAACUCUUUGGGUGUAUAGUUUUAUAGAAUAUGAGUGUAAAAGCACUGUUCUUUUGGGUGUAUUUUUGUUCAUUGACAAUUUACAUAUAG